AAAUACAAGCUUUUCUUCGUGAAAAUAAAUCAAAAGUCUUGCAUACGUUACAGUUAGUGUAAAUAAAACUUUUACUAUCCGGCUUGGAUUCUUAACCAUAAAUGAAAGCUGACUACCCGCUGGAGACUUCACUUGCAAUGCCGCUUGCUUGUCACUUAUCGUUUUGACAGUUCGGCACACUUUCCUGGCAUUUUCUCUUUCACUAUUCGUCGUUUUGCUAGAACAGAGAGCGAGUGCAACAUUCUCAACAUUAAUGAAUAUCGUGCAUUGGUUUCUGGUUUUGGGAGCCUGCCGAAGCAGCCUAACGUACAGUCGAUGUGCGAGUGCGUCCCGGUGCGUUUCAAUCCCCGUUAAAUAGAUGGCUCUUCUUUUAUUCACAGCCUGAAAAACAGGAAAGAAAACCAUUUAAAAAAGUAAAAAAAAAAUUACAGGUGAAAACUGAAAGCCGUAGCCUUCGUAUAUGCUUUUUAAAAAUACCGGCUAAAUUUGGUCACCACCACUCUAGCCAACAAAAAAAACAGCAAACAUUAAGAUCUGCACAACAUUGCUUUGGAUGGCAAUGAUAAAAGCAAAGCAUCAAUUAAACAUGUUAGAGCCAACGCUGGGCAACAUUGAAAUAACAUAAAAUCUACAAAGAAGUAAUAAUUGUGCUGCAUAGUCGCGAAAAAACUUGGAUGGGGCGAGGAGGUGUUGAAUGAUUUGGAAAACUAACGUGUAUCAUAUCACCCGUGCGUUAAGGUUCCCGCAGUCAAUUUUGUUUAGAAAAACGAAUAGAAACUUCAAAUGCCAAAAUUUUAAUAUCUUCUUCGUUACGCACAAGUAAAGUGAACGUGAAUCUAAAGCACCCACCAAAAUCCGAUAGAUUUAUAAAUAUAUACAAAAAAAGUGAACGAAAUGUUUUCUUGCUGCCGCGCUAAAACUAAAAAAGACAAAAAUAAUAAGAAGAGUGAUGUGCAAGAAACAAAAGAUGAAGUAACGAAUGACCGAAAACGAAUUAUACCAACGAUAAAAAUUGAAACCGGCAAAACGAGUGAUUCCAACGAUGAAGAAACAGAUUCAUCUCCACCACAAAACGGAAAUAAAGCUGAAAAUGUUGCGAAUAAUACGAAUUCAAUAUUACACAGUGAAGUAGCGGAAGCCGAGGAGGCGACAAAAAGUGCAGCGACGGAUAUUACAGCCGAUUCUCAUUUAGCGGAAGCAAUUGCGGAUAGGGCCCAAAGUGAUGAACAGAAGAAGUCCUCACCGACGAGCGUUAGCAUCGAUAAAAGUUCCAAUACAACACAAGAUAAAAUAAAUUCCGAUGAAACUUCAACAGUAGCCACUGCGAACUCUGCAGUAACUGCGACUUUGGCGAAUCAUGAAGCACCGGAGAAUGAAGUUACUACUGGUUUGAAUGGCCAAGCCGAGGCUAUUGCAGGCACCACACCAGUUAAAAGUUGCCUGUCGCGUCACAAUUCCACGCAUACAUCGAUAAAAAAGAAGGUGAAUAUCAGCUCACAUACUGAAAUAAUCGAACCAGAUCCCCUGCCUCCGCCUCCAUACGAUCCCAUUGCAUUGGCUGUUGACGACGAUGAUGUCUUCUCCGAUUCACUGCCCCCGCCAAAACGUGAAAGUAUGUGCGCACCCUAUAUCGAGCCCAGUGAAGUUCCAGAGACGGCGGCAUAUGCCCAUGGGCUGCCCGAAUGGUUCAACGAUGAAAGAAUUAAUGACAUCGGUUGCAUUGAGCCACCUGUUACGCCUGUUGGCCGCGACGAGCUGGAACUGAGGCGCCAGCGUCUGUACACAGACCUUUUACGUGCCGCACAUGCAGCCGUGGAGCAUAACGUGCGCUUUACCCCGUUUGCAACUGAUUUUCUCCAUCCACAUCAACUGUAUCAGAUGGAUGCCAGAGAAGGCGACGGAGGAGUAGAAGUUAGAGGUGAUCGACUCUUAUAUGAACUUAAGUAAAAUGCAGUUUUCAUAAUGUUAUUAUUUUAUCACCAACUCGUAUGUAUGCAUAUACAGUGAUGGCCACGUAACUAGAGACACUACUUUUUUUAAGUUUGGACCAUUUAUUUUUUCUUUAU